AUGAAGUUUACCUUUGUCUUUGAGGCUGCCAUCGCUAUUGCUUCCGUCAACGCCGCCAGCAUAGGGAUUCCCAUUGAUCUCCCGACCGGUUCGGCACUAGGCUCAAGCGACGCACCGACACAGGCCUCGUCUUCUGCAGCCCUUGAUUUCAUCAAAUGUCCCGAUGCAUGCCUGGAUGUGUACUCCCCCGUCAUCGGCGACGACGGCAUCUCAUACCCGAAUGAAUGCUCCAUGCAGAUGGCGAAGUGCAAAAAGAGCGGCAAGAAAGAUGACUGGUAUGCAAGCUACAAGAAGCUCUACGGCUCCCGUCACUCGGAAAACGAUGAGCUUUUAUCUGCUCUUCGUGGUAGCAAGAAGAACGGCGAAACGCCGGGCGAUGUGUCCACAGACGUUUAG